UGUCUCUUUCCCUCUUUUCCCGCCGCUCCGGCUCCUUCCCGCCGGCAGAGCAUCGUGCGGGGCAACAAGGCGGCCGAGGACGGAUCGCUGGCCUGGCUGCUCGACGAGUUCCAGGCCGUGUCCGUGUCCCGCUCCAAUUCCCUGCGCCGGGACAGCCCCCCGUUCCCGCCCCGGCUCCCCCGGGAGAACGGCCUCUCCCAAGGGCCGGCGCUGCUUCCCGACGACGCCGGGAAUGGCGAGAGGAUCCGCUCGGGAAGCGCCGGCGAGCCGGAGCGCGGCCGGGAGCUGCCCGCAUCCCGCCCGCCUCCCGACUAUCCCAAAGAUCCCAAAGCCGAGGGCAAGGGUCGCUCCCGCCGCACCAAGAGGCCCCAAUCCGGAUCCGGAUCGGGCUCCGGCACCGCCGGCUGCCUUCCCGACAUUCCCGCUUCCCGCGGGGAGCUGAAGACGGCCCGGCACGCGGGGCGCCCUUUCCACACCUAUCCGCGGGCCGAGGGCGCCGCUUCCCAGGCGGAACCGCAGCCCGGCCGGACGGCGGCCUCGGCUGCCCUUCCGCGCGCUCCGGGACCACCACCGGUGGUCAUCAUGCGCGACUACCAGCACGAGAACGUGGUGCAGAUGUACAACAGCUACCUGGUGGCCGACGAGCUCUGGGUGGUCAUGGAGUUCCUGGAGGGCGGCGCGCUCACCGACAUCGUCACCCACACCAGGAUGAACGAGGAGCAGAUCGCGGCUGUGUGCCUGGCCGUGCUCAAGGCGCUGGCUGUGCUGCACGCGCAGGGCGUCAUCCACCGCGACAUCAAGAGCGACUCCAUCCUGCUGGCGCACGACGGGCGGGUGAAGCUCUCCGACUUCGGCUUCUGCGCCCAGGUGAACAAGGAGGUGCCGCGGCGCAAGUCGCUCGUGGGGACGCCCUACUGGAUGGCGCCCGAGCUCAUCUCCCGCCUGCCCUACGGGCCCGAGGUGGACAUCUGGUCGCUGGGGGUGAUGGUCAUCGAGAUGGUUGACGGAGAACCACCGUACUUCAACGAGCCGCCGCUGAAGGCCAUGAAGAUGAUCCGGGACAACCUGCCGCCCAAGCUCAAGAACCUGCACCGGGUGUCGCCUUCCCUCAAGGGCUUCCUGGACCGCAUGCUGGUGCGGGACCCGCUACAGCGCGCCGCCGCCACCGAGCUCCUCAAACACCCGUUCCUGGGCAAAGCGGGACCGCCGUCCUGCAUCGUGCCCCUCAUGCGCCAGAACCGGCUCCGGUGAGGCCGGAAUGCCGGAACACCGGACGCAGCCGGAGGCGCUUCCCGGCCCUCCGCGCCCACAGCAGCCGCCUGUACCGGCGGCUUUCCCAGUUUUCUGCCGGUGGCUGCCGGUUGUGCCGCCGGGGUCCUGGGUUGGCCGAGGGCUUUGGGGGCGACUCCCGGCAUUCUGGCUGCAUCCCGCCUUUGCCCACGGUGCUCCAGCCUUUCCGGGGCACCUCGGCUUUCUCGCGGCGCUCCGGCUGUGCCGAUGGCUCCAUGCCUUUUCCCGCGGCAUUCCCGCUUCCCGACGGCGUUCCGCCGCCGCUCCGCCUUUCUGCCGCCUCUGGAUUCAUCACCACACUGCUGUUGUCGGAAUGCUCCGGCGUCUUCCAGCCCCACGACUCCUUUCUCACGAGUUCCGGGAAUUCCCGCUGGAAAACGAGCUCCGGCUCCGGGAAGCCCCGGAGUCCUUGCCCUCCUUCCCA